AUGAACUUUUGCGAAAGUAACUAUCUCGCUAGUCCCGAGUUCCUUAAAACAACCUUUCAUAUAAUCACGGGUAUAGCCACUCCAAUUCAUGCAUUUGGGUUUUAUUGUAUAAUUUGCAAAACGCCGGCUCACAUGAAAUCCGUCAAAUGGUUGUUGUUCAAUCUACACUGUUGGUGCAUUUGUCUUGAUAUUACUUUCAGUUUCCUAAGUAUUCCGUAUAUUCUGCUACCCGCUAUCGCAGGGUAUGGACUUGGUCCAAUUGAAUCUCCGGGCCUGUUUUUCUAUUUGGCUAUCACUUUUAUUACUGGUGUAACCACAUCAGUAUUUGUUACUUUUGAGAAUCGAUUCUUCAUAUUAUUUGCCCAAAAAUCAUUUUGGAGACAUAUACGGAAGUUUGCAAUAGUUUUCAGUUAUAUUAUUGUGCCACUCUACGAUUUGCCAAUUCAAUUUUUGAUACCAGAACAGAGCAAAGGAAGGGAACUCUCGUGGAGGAAGCUCCAAUGUAUUCCUGAACUUCCAAAUGACGGCCGUGAGUUGUUCGUUUUCGCCACUGAACUUCUUGGUCCAGCGAUCACAAUUAUUCUGGCAGAGUCUGUCCCAACUAUUCAGUGUGGAACAUUUCUAGCACUCAACAUUUACAACUUGAUAUUCGCAAGGCGAAGUGGGAUUUCCAAGAAGACAGUUCAAAUGCAACACAGGCUCGUGGUCGCUUUUAUCAUACAGACAUCAGUGACCCUAAUUCUUUUUGUGGUGCCUGUCAAUGCAUUCAUUUCAUUUAUAUACUUUAACUAUCAAAAUCAAUUUCAUAACAAUUUGAUUGUCUUUGCAUUUGCGGUUCACGGAAUUGCAUCCACACUUAUCAUGGUGUUUGUUCAUAGGCCAUAUCGAGACUUUGUCUAUUCGCCGUUUCGGCGGCUUUUUGAAAGUGGGCCUACUGUAUACGUGAUACCGGCGGUUUCGAUGUCUAAGGCACCCAUAGCUCCUUGA